AUGCCACAAGCCGGAUCUCAGAACUUUGAUUACAGCUGCUCCCUCCACCAGCCGGGGAUCCCCAUGAUGAUGGAGAUAGACGUGGAUGAUGAGCAGCUGCCCUCGAGUCCUCCAGUUGCUCCUUCGAUUUCGAAGAGGCAGGACACGGCCAUGUUGGCACUUAGGACCCUGGCCUUGUGGUCACUGCUGUGGUCGACCGCUGGCCACGCUCUCGCUGUGAAGGACGGCUGCGUCGUGCAGGACUCGUUGAACUUUGACGACCUCGUAGUUGGAUCUGUCAAGUUCACGGUCUACACUCCUCCGAGCGGAAGCAUCUUCAAGGCCAAGCUGACAUGUGACGGGGACUGGUACAGCGACUCUUUUGACGUGUCCGGUGACGGCGUGACAAUGGAGAGAUUCCAUGGUAACAACUUGACCACCACGGUGAUGCCAGCGCCGCCAGCUGAAGAGGGAUGGCCGGACCUUGAGCUGAAAUUCGGCGACACUUACGAGCUGCUCGAUGGCCAAGGCCAGUCGUGGAUCGGCCAGGAAAUUUCCCCCAAAUGCAUGUUGAAGAAAGUAGAGAUAAGCGAUGGCAAAUUCGCCAAACACUGCCCUGAAGGGACGCUGAAGUGGGAGGUCGAGGGGAAGAAGUGUUCCUUCGUCCCUCUCCCUCGCUCCUCCGGGAGUCGUCACACGCUGAAUCUGACGCUGGUCUCCAAGGACAGCUUCAGGCCCGUUUUCCAGCUGGGAGGCGUCGAAGUUGAGCUGGGCAUGAGGGAGGGCUCCGUGGUGGCUGCAGGGAAGGGCAACUCUCCGCUGGAGCCACCGACGCAGAGGAUCCGCCUUGGCUUCAAGCGGUGUGCAGUGCAGACUUCCUUCACGGUAUGGUGA